UUCUGCUUGAGAGCGGAUUACUCCGAGGGACCGACAAAAAUCUGUGAAAGAGUUGGGCAACAAAUGGGACCACUCUUUUGAGGAACAACGUACCUGUCCCGAUAACAAUCUGAAGCACAUCCCUGCGGACCGAAUUGCGGGGACUAUGCCCAGCGCCGAUACCGCUCUGGAUAAAACUUUGUGUGAAGUGAAGAAGUACUAUCACAAAAACGAAAUGGCAGACCGGAACGGCGAUGGCAACGUCCUCAGCAUCCCGGUGCCGAUGCGGCGCGGCGGCUCGGAAACCAGCCUGGACCUGGACUCCUCGGGCGGCCCGGGCCCGGGCCUGGGUCUGGGCCUGGACUUCCACCGGGGCCGGCUGGGCAUCGACGGGCUCCAGCAGAAGAUCCUGAAGGUGACGGAGCAGCUGAAGAUCGAGCAGACGGCGCGCGACGAGAACGUGGCGGAGUACCUGAAGCUGGUCAACAGCGCCGACAAGCAGCAGGCCUCGCGCAUCAAGCAGGUGUUCGAGAAGAAGAACCAGAAGUCGGCGCAGAGCAUCGCGCACCUGCAGAAGAAGCUGGAGCAGUACCACAGGAGGAUGAGGGACAACGAGAGCAACGGCUCCUCCAACUCCAAGGGCUCCUCCUCCGCAAGGGAGGCCAAGGAGUCCUCCAAGGACAGCCUCAAGGACAGCCUGAAGGACAGUCUGAAGGACAGUCUGAAGGACAGCCUCAAGGACAGUCUGAAGGACGUCAGCGGCAGCGGGCGGCACCCCACCCUGGACAAGGUCAAGACCAUCGGGCCCGGCGUCUCCCUCUCGCCGCCCUUCUUCUUCAACAAGUCCCGGGAGUUCGCCAACCUGAUCCGCAACAAGUUCGGCAGCGCCGACAACAUCGCGCACAUGAAGAGCUCGCUGGACCCGCCCUCGUCCUUCCGGCCGGACGGCGGCGGGCGGGCCCUGAGCGGCAGCGCCACCACGGUGGCCAAGCCCAAGUACCCGAGCGACGACGAGUGCUCCUCGUCCGUGUCGGCCGACAGCAACGGCAACCCGGCGUGCGGCGCGGCCGAGGACGCCCCGGCCAAGCUGGCCGUGCUGCUGGACGAGGUGCGGGAGAUCCGCGAGGUGCAGACCCAGCUGGCCGACCACAUGGAGGCGCUCAAGGCCCAGUUCAAGCGGGACUACGGCUUCAUCACGCAGACCAUCGUGGAGGAGCGAUACAGGUAUGAGAGAUUGGAGGACCAGCUGAGUGACUUGACGGAGCUCCAUCAGCACGAGACCACCAACCUGAAGCAGGAGCUGGCCAGCAUAGAGGAGAAGGUUGCCUACCAGGCGUAUGAGCGUGCCAGAGACAUCCAGGAGGUGCUGGAGUCCUGCCAGACGCGCAUCUCCAAGCUGGAGCUGCAGCAGCAGCAGCAGCAGGUGGUGCAGCGGGAGGGCACGGACGCCAAGGCGCUGCUGGGCAAGUGCAUCAACGUCAUGCUGGCCAUCGUCACGGUGAUCCUGGUGUGCGUCUCCACGGUCGCCAGGUUCACCACGCCGCUCAUGCGCAGCCGGCUGCACGUGCUCGGCACCGUCGUCGCCUUCGCGCUGCUGGCCGUCUUCUGGAAGAACUGGGAGCACCUGCAGCUGGCCCUGGAGCGCAUGCUGGCGCCCAGCUGAGGGGGA